ACAUUUCUAAAUAAUCUAAAUUGGGUUUACAUUUCUAAAUAAUUUAAAUAACCUACCACUUGGGUUUACAACUUGCAAUAUAUAUUUCUAAAUAAUCUAAAUUGAUGACAACUGGACACACUGUAAGCUGACUCCUGGAAAGUAAUCUGAACGUACAAAAGUUGCGGAUAUUAAUCAUUCCUUCGUAUCAUAAUAGCAAGUCACAGUCCAAUCCGAAUCGACUAACGUCAUCAUUAUAACAGCAGGCCACCUACUAGAUUUAGAUGCAGUGUCGGAUGACUGUGCUUCUCUUCGUAGUUGUGGAAUCGCCAGUUUCUCCUUCUAUGAUGGCCCAGGGCCCGACUCCGAUGAUCGUGGAUCUGUAUCUGAAGGCCUGUGAGCUGGAGGGCAACCUUUUGGCUGUGAACAAGAUCGGCGGCCGCAAGGCGUUGCACAACCUCAGUCGCUACGGGGAUAGUACGGAAGUCCGACAUGUUGCUCACGAAGUUGGCGGUGCUCUUAUCCGAGGAAAAUCAACCGGCGGCAACCGACGGUGCGGAGGGUGCUGGUGGACAAACUGCGGGAGCACAGGUGACAGACGUUGUAGCCCCAUAAUAUGA